UGGAGGUACGCCUUUGGCUGUCUAAAACCAUAUCGAAAGAGAGAGAGAGAGAGAGAGACGAUGUAAACCAGGCCAUUGUAGAAUGGGCUUAAUACGUAUAUAAAAACACCUAAAAGUUAAUUUAUGUAAUAAAAGUUUUUUUUAUAUAUAAAAUGCCAGUGUGUUGUAUCACGAACUGUAAAAGUACGGCGAAAAGAAAUUGUGAUAUAAAAUUUUUUAGAUUUCCAUUUCAUAAUAAGAGCAGUUUGAAAUAUUGGAUUGCUGCUACAGGGCGAGAUAAUUGGUUUCCCUAUUCAGAUGCACGAAUAUGUAGUUUACAUUUUAUAAAUAAUGAUUAUUCUAAUAAUAUGUAUACUCAAAGAAAACGUUUAAAACAGGAUAUAUUUCCUACGCAACAUGUACAUGCAAAUCUUUUGCAAUUAUUACAGCAAAAUACAGUAUAUAAAAUCAAAGAAUUAAAUCAAAAUAAUGAUAUUACUGAAAAACAUCAAUUGAUAUCACCUGAGAAAGAACAAUAUGAUUUGGCAUCACUUCAUGAAGAAAAAGAUCUACUUGAAUUACAUGAUGGAGAACAGGAUCAACUGACAUCAACUGAUAUAAAGCAAAAUCUAUUGAUAUUAUCUGAUGAAAAACAAAAUCGAUUGGCAUCACCUCUUGAAAAACAAAAAUUGAUAAAUUCAUAUGAUGAUAAUCAGACUACUUUAGCAAUAUCAAAAUGUUCCACAUGUACACAUUAUAAUAAGCUACUUAUACAAAAUGAAAAGUUAAAAAAGGAAAUAGAGGAAAUUAAAAAAUUACAAGAAGAAAGAUUAUAUCAACAGGCAAGCAUGUUCCAUAACCUUAUAAAUGAAAAAGAAGCUGUAUUGAAGACAAAAUUGCAGAUGAUUAAAAACAAAAAUAAUACCUUAAAGAAAAAUAUACAGCGGAAAGAAAAAACUAUUAUAAAUCUGAAAAAAUUUCAAGCCUUAAAAAGCAAAAACAUGUUGGAUGCUGAUGCUGCCUUUAAGCGGAUAUCAUAGUUAUUGAUAUUUAACAAUAUCAAUAACUCAAUUUUUUUAUAUUUUUUUACUCUAAAGUCUCAAGACUUUAAGUCUUAAGACUUAAAGUCUUAAGAAUAUAUUUGCCUAGUAAUUGAGCAAAAUGUCAAUGGUUAUCGGUAUGUGUUUUCAAUAUUCGAAGGACUCGGUAUACCAGAUGCCGCGCAGGUCAAAUAUAACCUAAUGCGGUACUCUUUCAAUACUUUUCUAAUCGAAACCGAUCUCUUUUACCAUAAAUGUCAGAACAAUAUAAUGUUUAACGAAACAUUUGCGAACUAAGAUUUAAAAUAGUUGGGAAUUUUGAACAUGGUGUCAAUUAUAUAAAUGUGAUAUCAAUUAUAUAUACAUAUAUAUAUUAUGUGGAAAAGCUAUAGCAGAAAUUGCUAUUUUUUAUCGUAUAUUCUAUAUAUUCAAUAAAGAAUUUCAAAUCAUUUUACAAAUUAUUACAAAUUAAUUUCACAUGAAAAUUAUAAUAAAACCGAAUAUGAAAGCAUAUACCGACAUAUAAAACAACGAGCUCAUCAGCUGUUUUUAACGACCGACUUUCGAUGACUUUAUAAAGCCUGCCAGA